CAGAUCUUCAUCAAGACGCUGACGGGCCGCAAGCAGGCCAUGACCUUCGAGCCCACCGACGAGGUGUUGCAGAUCAAGCGGCAGCUCCAGGAAAAGGAAGGCAUCCAGGUCGACCAGAUCCGCCUGAUCUACUCGGGCAAGCAGCUCGCGGACGACAAGCCGCUCGAGUUCUACAACAUCCAGGCCGGCGGCACGAUCCACAUGGUGCUCCAGCUGCGCGGCGGCGGCGGCGCGCCGUGAGCUUUCGCGCGCUCCGUUCUGUAGUAACACGUGUAUCCUUAUUAUCCAUGGUGCGGACCUCGAGUCGCUUGGGGUACUACCCCUCCUCCGCCCGCGUCGGCUCGUUCGUGCGGGGCAAAAAACCUGGGUGUUUUGAAAACGAGGUGCCGAAUUGCCGAUAAUAUACGCAUAAAUACGGCUGCCGUCGCCGCAUUUAUACAUCGGCAGCGUGCCUACAUCGUAUUGCGCGGCGCGGGGCAGCACGGCUCCCCGAGGCGCCGGGAUUCAUACAUUAAGGCAGCAACCAGCGGUCACACAGAGCAGGCGCCGCACAAAAAAAAAUGCCCCUUGUCGACGUGAACCAGAAGCCGGCGCGGAGCCGCAAGCCCGCGCCCAGGUCCCCCGCCGCCGCGUCCUUGCAGCCCCUGGUCGACGUCUUCAAUCGGUUGGGUGCCCUUGGUUCGUGGGACGGCGUCGGGCGGAAGGGCGACGUUGCUCGGGGCUUGGACCCCCAAUUGAAGAAGAUCGUGCUGACGCUCGGUGGUUCUACGGCUCGCAGUACACUCAUACUCCCGAAGAAGGGCGAGCUCGGACUGAAAGCUAGAUUUGUCUACGUCCAGUAUGCAAGGGCAUCACCGUCCAAACCCUGCUCCAUCGAAAUCGAACUCACCAGAAGAAAAACGCAGGACUCGUGUCGGGUCUCAUUGAGUUCCAACACCCCGCAAGACACGUACAAGGUCGCGGGAGGCGCGUUAAGGGCCCCGCUCGCGGAGCAUUCCCGAUGGACGACGUCGGUCGUCGACCUCCAGGGCUGCUGCGACUUGUUCCACAAGACGGAUAAUCAGAGUCCCAUCACGGUCCGCAAAAUUACGAUCGGAGGCGACGUGAAAGUAAAGGGUGUCUGGACGUCGCAGAAGGAGUUCACAGAAGUAGAUUGCCCCGUGGACAUGCGUUUAAAAACAAGGACGCCCGUCGAGUUUCUGAGGUUCCCGGAGAAGGACGAAGGUGACGAGGAGCCUAUUGUCGUCGAAGAGCCGACGCCGAAGCGCGCGCCCCCGCCCUACGCCCCGAAGGUCCUCAGGAACGCUUCGGUGCGCGCGUCAUUACAGUGCCGCCUCGGCUACGCUCGAGCCGUGGCCUGGGCCUCGCCCACGAGGUGCGUCUACGCUUCCGGAAGGUCCCUGGCCUCCGUCGACGCUUCGUCAGGAAAUCCCAUCUCCAAGCCUCUCCAAUUAAAUGAGUUGUGUACGGCGAGGUGCCACACCGAGGCGAUUACAUUAGUCGCUGCCUCCAAUAACAUCCUGGCGACGGCGCAAUCAAAAGAUGAAAAAUGUAGGGUGGCCCUCUGGAAGCCGGGACCGCGGGAGGACGAGUACAUCACGGACUUCGCGCCGCACGCUAGAGCUGUCACUUGUCUGGCCUUCUCGCACGACGGCGGGCGGUUGUGUUCGGUGGGUCUGGACGCGCAGGCUCGAGCUCAAUUGGUGAUUUUCGACGUCGCGAAGCUCAUACAAAAAAAGAGACGUAAGGACGUCAGUACGGCGAUUAUCGCGAGGCAGCUCUCGGACUUUGACGUUUCAGCGAUAGCAUGGAGCCCCUACGAGUCGGACCGAUUGGUGAGCUGCGGAAGGGAAAAUGUCAGGUUCUGGCGGUUACGACACGGCCACCUGCCGGGCUGCCCCGCUUUACUCCAUGAAUACGCUAGAGAUGCCAAGUUCACGGCGUUGUGCUUCGAGCCGGUCUACGGCGCGCGCGACGGCCAGGACGUCGCCGAAGCUUUAGCUACAAAGUCCGAACGGGGCGACAAAGUCGUCUUCGUGGCGGCGGCGUCGGGCCACGUCUUACAAGUGUCCUAUGCUCAACGAAGUCUGUUGUGUGUUCUGAAGCUCCAUGACGGUCCCAUACGUGGAGUAGCUGCCACACCCGGUUAUGUGGUAACAGCAGCGGACGAUGGGUAUGUGCGACUGUGGCCGCCGGGCUUCGCGGACUUCCUCAUGGAGGCCAAACAUGAUGCUCCAGUUGUGUCCAUUUCUGUCGCGCCGGAUGGAUUGAGGGUGGCCUGCGGGACGUCUAGAGGCGCUCUCGGUGUCUUAGACGUGGCGUCCCACAAGUACGGUACUCUCGUGAGAGCCCACACGGGCGCUAUCCUAGACAUCGCUUGUACGUCCGGCAAAUUUGCCACGUGUGGUGCUGAUGCUACUGUAAGGGUGUGGGACGAGACAACAGGAUUACAAAGGUCCGAGCUGGCCUCCCCUGAUGAUAGAGCUUUAGUAUUGGCCUGGCGACCGGAGUCUGACGACGUGGCCGUGGGCUUUGCUUCCGGAUCGGUAAGAGUGUUCGAUCUGGACAAGACCGAAACGUUAUUCGACAUGCGCCAGCACAAAGCCGCCGUUUCAUCACUACAGUUUCGGUCGAAGCGCCACUUGUACUCCGCUUCUAGAGAUGGUCAUUUAUGUCUGUACGACGCGCAGCAAAACUUUUCAGUUGUGGCCGUGGUUCAUGUGGAUGCGAACCUGCCGCAGCACGCCUGGGGCCCGUCUGGCGGAGACGAGCAUCUAACUCUGGCGACGUCACCGGAACAUUCCGUGGUAGCAUGCGUCACGAGUCGCGCGCCGGAUCGAGUCUGUCUCUUCGACGCCGCAUCUCUCAGAAAGUCACCACUCACACUAGAUGUGAAAGAGGCAGCAAGGUGGCCCCUCAAGCCCCUGGUGGAUCUGUACUGGCAGAAUAUGACCCUCCACGCGGUCGAGGAGGACGGCUCCGUUUGUAGGUGUGAUCUGUCCAAGGCCUCACUAGGAUUGAAGGGCAUCUCGGGGGACCAGCCGGCCGGUAAGUCGUCGUCGGGCAAGGCGACGGUAUCGGAUGUUGUUUUACAACGCGUCUACGCGGCCCGAACCGUAUAUGACGCGUCCGAGCCGCUCGUGCCGGGUCGCAAAGUGUCCCAGGUAUCUCAUACAGGUGAAGUGCUCUGCGGGUUGGAUGCCAAGGACGACCGCAUCGUCCACUUGCGCGCGAUUCAGAAGGGCGCCUGCGCCGAUCUCACGUGUCGCCUCGACGACCAUGCAUCCUCGAUCAGACGGUGCGCGUUUACACCCUCAGAUAGGUUAGUGACCUGCGACGCGACGGGGAAUUUACGCGUGUGGCACUGGGAGCGGCGGGGCGAAGUCCUACCUUCACCGAAAUCUUCUCCAAUGGCUCUCGGGACGGACGACGCGUUCUGCAAGGACCAGACGCAGCUCGGCUGGGACGACAUGGGGGACCCCGCCGUCUCCGCUUACUUACCGGAGCAUAGGGGCUGUUCCAUGAAAUUGGACGUCGUCGCGGGGGCCGUCUGGUGCCGUUGUGCGGACUCCAUUGUCGAGGCGGCGCCGAACGGAGUCGUGGCGCGCGUCGCGGGAGACGCAUCCAGUGAACCCGUGUCCCUGGACACGGCGUCGGCCUUGUGCUGCGUUUCUUACAAAGAGCUCGUCGCGUUCGGCUUCGCCGAUGGCGUGCGGUGCUGGUCGCAUGAGGAGGGGGGCUGGGCGUCAGUCGAGUGCGGUGCGAUGGACGAGCCCUGCACGGCGCUGGCCCUCAACGCUACUAAUAUCUUCUCGGCCCACGGUGAUAAAGUCGCGGCAUACAACAUAGAGGAGGGGGGUACGACCUCAACAGCACCGGAGACGCGGCAGAUUAUCGAGCUCGCGGCGUUCGCCCACGACAGACCGGCCUGCGCGGCGCGCCUGCAGGACGGCAGCGCCUGCGUCUUUGAGGUCGAGGACGGCGCGCUCGAGGAGACGCUGCUCGUCGCGGUCGCCGACGCGGUGUCCAUCGCGACGUGGCGCGACGCCGUGGUCGCGCUUGAUAAAAACGGCGCCGUGUCGUUCCACCGCGGCGCCGCGGACCCGUGCUACGAAGUAGUAAGCGUGGGCGGCGGCGCGGCUUCUAUAAAAUGCGGCCCGACGGACCUGCUCGUGGCCUACGCCGAUUCGGUCCGGAUCUGGGCCAUGGUCGUCGACGACAAACUCGGCCAGGUGCUGCUCACGCCCAAGGCGUCUCUACAGUUGGACGCGGCGCCGGCGCGCGUCGAGGCCGCCGCGUCGGUGACGCUCGGCCUCGUCGCGACGGCCCAGGGCGCGCUCUGGUACUUUCACGCCGACGCGGCGCACGACGACGAGUUCGGGGACGAGGCCUGA